AUUAUACACAUGAAAUGAAUUUGCCAAUAAUCAAUGCUGCUGCAGAAGGUACAAUUAGUGUGGCUGUAGUCUUUGCAGCAACUGCCUACUAUGGUAUUGAUCAACACUUAAUUAGGAUGCGACAUGUGGUUGUAAAAAUUGCCAUGGUUCUUUAAUUAUCAAAUCAACCAAUUUGUUAUGCUUAUGUUCAUUAUAUCAGUUAUUAUAACUAUGCCUGCAGUGUAAAAUAUAUAUAUUUUAACAUAUUAGUUUUCUAAAGAUCAAAAAGUUUACAUCUAUAGCUUCCUUAUUAAAGUAACUAAGAUAUUUCUUCUUUUUUAAUACUGUAAUUCUGUAUAGCAUUUUGUUUACACAGACUAAUGUAAUUUAAGAUCAUGUAAGAGCCUAUAUGUAUACUGUUGGAUUCACUAUGUCAAAAGCAGUUGGGGUUGUUGCUCUUAAUCAUGUCAGUAAUUAAAACUUACCAGAAUAUUUAAAUUCAAUUUACAUCUAUAUAAUCAUAUUACUAAAUACAAUUUCUGGAUAAAUAUUUGGAAAAACCAUUAUUGAUGAAGGAUGUUUAAUUUAAUUUGCUGCUAUAAUAAGUUUUUUAAUACAUAUUCAUUUCCUCUACAAUAUGGCAAGAUAGAUAUCAGAAGCACUCAACAUUAAAAUUUUUUAAAUCAAUUCAACAAACAAAUGA